ACAGUCGUUCCUCAUAUUCAGCUCUUGGCACAUUACAAUCUGAAGAUUGUAACAAACGGUGAAGAUAGUAGUAAAGUUCCGUGGUUUUGAUUUAUUUACAUGUUAGGAUAGAUUGGACUGAUAAGGAACUUAUACCUAACAUGUUUCUCGCGGAAAGUGCGUAUGGUUGCAGUGAAAAGUUUUACAUUUUUAUCUACAUAAAUGUUAAUUGAAAUACCUGUUGUCAACUCUAUUUGGAUUAUAACAACUUUGUGACAGCACAGAAGAGGCGGGUUAUUUGAUAUAGACCGUUACGUCACCGCCAUGUCAGUCUGCCUCGAGAGCAGUCGGCCGCGCGACGGCCUCAAGCUGCCUCUGAACAGGAGUUUCAGUGAGCCGGGUCCCCAGUCGCCCGCCGCCGUUUCCCUGAGUCCGCCCAAAAGGUUCAAGCUGGAAGGCUCCAGCGUCAGCCUGCCCUCUAGCCCAUGCGCAGACAGCGCCAACCUUCAGCGCACCUGGGUGCUGAGCAAGGUCACGGCGAUGGACGACGACGCGCUCAGGGCCAAGAUGGAGGACCGCAAGCCGGGGGGCAAGCCCUACAUCCUGCUGGACUGCAGGAACUUCAUGAGCUACAACAUGAACCACAUUUCGGGCGCGAUCAACGUCAAUUGCUCGGACAGGUUCAACAGGCGGCGGUUGCAGCAGGGGAAGGCCUCGCUGGCCGAUUUGGCGACCACGAGGGAGGGGAAGGAGGUGCUGAAGAAGAGGUCUUUCAGGGAGGUUAUUAUUUAUGACGAUUCUACUACUGAUAAGGAGAGGAUCACGAUAGGGCAUCCGUUGCUGUUGGUGUUGACUUCGCUCGUGGACGAUCACAAGGAACCUUGCCUGCUUAUUGGAGGCCACCGAGAGUUCCACCGCAAGCACAAAGAGCUCUGCGAGGACACCCUGGUCUCGGGCGUCUCGACGCGCGGCAGCGUCGGACUGCCCUCGUCUGCCUCCUGUCCAGCCCUCGCCGACGUCGAAUCCUACCCCGCCUCGAAGGUACUGCCCUUUCUGUACCUGGGCAACAGCAAGGACGCCGCCGACCUCGAGUGCCUGCAGGGCCUGGGUACCACCUGCGUACUGAACGUGACGUCACAGUUGCCGGGGUACCACCAGGAGUGCGGCAUCAUCUACAAGCAAAUACCCGCCACCGAUUCGGGCCACCAGAACCUGAAGCAGUAUUUCGAGGAGGCGUUCGAGUUCAUCGAACAAGCAAGAAUAAGUGGUUCUCGAGUGCUGGUCCACUGUCAGGCAGGUGUAUCUCGCAGUGCCACAAUAGCGAUAGCAUACAUAAUGAAAUACAAGCAAAUGUCGAUGGUGGAGGCUUACAAGAAGGUGAAAGAAGCCAGACCGAUAAUAUCCCCCAACCUGAACUUCAUGGGCCAGCUCCUGGAGUUAGAACAAAGUUUACAUAGUGAUAACAGUAGCAAUAACAAUCAUCACUGUAGGUGGAGCCAGCAGUCGAACGACGAGGUGACGCAAGGAUGCAGUAUAUAAUUUCGAAUGUAGAGAGUAAAGGCCAGUCUUAUAGACAAUAGAAAUGAAAAAUUCGCCAAUAAUUCCCAUAGUUUUUUAUACUUACGCGAGUGCUACAUGGAGAAAACGAUAAAUCUCAACUUGUUACCCGUUCCGGAUCGCAUCUAGCCCACUAAGCAAAGUUAAAAGCUAUGUUGAUGCAAUGUUGAAGGAAUGACUGAAAUGGACGUUCAGCAAUAUUGCAAAGGUGAAGUUUUAUAAUGUAGCGUUGCAGUAAUAUAACAUGUUGCUGUGACAUUGCUGGAACGUUACAUUCACAAAUUUACAUUCGCAAUAUUGCUGAACCUCCAUUUCAGUAAUUGCUACAACCUUACCUCAACAUAGCGUCCAAAUUUGCUUGGUGGGAUGAAACUGGAAUUGUUGUGAAUUUAUUGUUCGGAAUGACUGGCCUAACCUAGUUGGAUUCUUUCUGUUUUUACAUGGUCAGAUAUCGGAAAUAGUCAUCGGCUCGCCAUAGAGUUACAUUCUAGUCCUAUCCAUUUGAUAAAAUGGCUGUGUACCGUUAAAGAUAUUUCACAGAUUUCUUCACAAAUUCGUUUCGUGGUUUAUUGUAUUCGGGCCCCCAAGCAGCUUUGGCGAUUUGGUUAUAGCGUGCUCAGUAGGAAUACUCGGUGUUAAGAACGUUUUAGUAGAGCUGCGACAACCACCAGUUUCGGCAGCACUUUGUAUAUGUGGAUUUUUAUUUAUUUUACCUAUUAGGAUCCUUUUGUAUGAGAUAUUUUUUAAGUUUUAUUUUUCGGGUACAAACCGAAUAUGGAAGCGUAAUCAAAGGGCCAUAAUUUAAUGUGUAACUUGAGUUGUUUGUUCAUUCUUAGUCAGUGUUUUUCUUCUCUAGAAAAUGCCUUAUAUUCAAUGAAUAAACAGAACACAUGAGGUGUGUAAUUCAUUGUGGAAAGAGUUUUUGGGGUAAAUGGCACUUUAUAUCCAGGGUUUUGAUAAAAUUAUUAUUGUGAUUUUGAAUAGUUAUUUAAGUUUAUUUCAAAAUAAGGUACAAAAAGGUAUGUGUGAGGAAUGGUGCAGAAAUAAACCAGUAUAACUACUGCACUAUUUCGUUCGCCUCCUUUCAUGAUGGUCAAAAGGUGACCAAAAAAUGUGCCUUCACUUUAUUUGUAAACUAUGUAUAGAGUUCAGACUGUAAACGUCUUGUAUAGACUAAAAUUUGUAAAUACAUGAAUGUUAUUA